GGCGCUAGUGCGCAGCCGCAGACCCGCGGUCCUCCAGUCCUCCAGCCGCAAAGAAGAAGCAGAAGAAGAAAGAUGGCGGCCGGAGAAGAAGAAGAGACUUAAGCAGCUCCGGAGAGCCGUUGCCAAUAACAUGAGUGUUAAAGACGCUUAAACGCGUCGUUUCCGCCUCUUUUCCGCCCUGAAGAUGUUGUGUCUGGGCGUCAGGUCCGCCAGGUCCACACUUUCCUCGGCAAAGUUCUGGACUCGUCUCCCCGGGGGGCCCGUCUUCUGCUGCUCUACCGGGCCCAGGGCCCCCCCGGGGGGGCCGGAUCCUCCGGGCCCCGCGGGGGCCUCGGCCGGACCGGAGCAACCGGAAUCCAAAAUCUCGGCCGGACCGGAGCAACCGGAAUCCGUAGCAUCUACUGGACCGGAGCAGCCGGAGCCUCUGGCGCUGACCCAGGAGGCCCUGGUGGCUUCUGGGUCGGUACCGGAACCUCCGGGGGAACCCUGGGACCCGGCCCGGGGCCCCCCGGCCCCCCCCGCCCACUGCUGCAUGAGCGGCUGCCACAACUGCGUGUGGAUCGAACACGCCGAGCAGCUGCUAGCUUACUACCAGGACGGGGGGGACCGGGCCCUCGCCGCCAUCGAGGAGAACGUCCUGGACCAGAACCUGAGGGCCUACCUGCAGAUGGAGGUCCGGAUGCUCAAGAAGAACCCCUGAGGGCCCGUCCAGCCAGGUGGCUUCUGGGUAAUUUUAUAGACGUGAAGAGGACGAACCGCCGGCUGAUUGGACGUCGAUGUACGUCGGAUGUCAACGUGUGUUUUGUGGAUUUCCAGAGAAAAUGACUCAGAGUUGGACUGAAAUUUACAAAGUGGUGAACCGGGGCCGAACCACGGUUUGGGACUAAAUCCUGGUUCCUGGACUGGAUCCUGGUUUUGGGACCGAACCCCAGUUUUUGGACUAAAACCCGGUUUAUGGACCGAACCUCCGUUUCAGGAAUGAACCCCAGGUCGUCCUGGUCGUCGCUCCAAGAAAACACUUUUACUUCUGAUUAAACAAGUGUUUUAUUGGGUUUAUUCUGCACUUUAAUAUAUUUUAGUAUUAUAUUUAUUUUAAGGAUUUGUUGUUCUGUGUGUAAAUGAUGUAUUUGAUCUUUUUGGAUCUU